CUUACCGUCCCAUUUUACAAGGAAACAACAGUUUCUCUUUGGCUAAAUUGGUUGUCUUUAAAGUUAUUAUGAGAAGAGACAUGUAGCUGAAUCAUAUUUUAUAAACUGAUGUCCAGCAAUGCAAGUGUGAACAUAACCAGUCUUGAAGACACAAAAGAAGUUGCCAAACUAACAGCACUUGACCGCGAUUCCGAAAACGAAACCAGUUCGGGAUCGGAUGCAUUUGAUAGUAAGUGUCGUUCCGGGAAUUUUGCAGCCCUUGGUAAAACCAACAAUAAUACAGAAGAAGAACCAGGGUUUAGAAAUGAAAGGGAUGAUAUCUUGCAGUGUGUAAGACAAAAUUUCGUGGAUACCUCUACACCAGUUGCCCUGCCACACAACAAUCAUGUCGAGAAUAUUGAGGAAGACGCAGAUGAGGGCGUUAUGGAUAUAAAGUCACCAAGUAAUCUGGAUAAUAAUCUAAACCAGAAAGAAGAUUUUAUCACUGACAGGCAGGCUUUGAAGCCAGAGAAUUCACCAGAAGCUGCAACUUGUGCUGUUGAAAAGAUUGAAAUUGACCAAGAUGAACUGUGUCCAUUGGCAGAGAA